CAGGAAGAGGUCUGUGUGAGUAUUCUGGAGUUUCUCAGCCAACCUGGCAGGGAUGGAGACGUUCAAAGAUUUGUAUGACACCCCUGCUGAAAAGCUAGAUGCCUUUGUAGCUCAUGUGCUUCAGCCAGAUAAAGAGUGGAAGGACGAGGUCAAAGAUGUCUUUGAGAGGAUUGCGGAAUUCUUUCAAGAGCAAUGCUUCCAGGACUACAUGAUGAGUGACAAACAGGUCAAGGUGAUAAAGGUGGUGAAGGGAGGCUCCUUUUCCAAGGGUAUAGACCUAAAACACACUUCUGAUGUAGAUGUGCUUCUUUUCCUGAGUUGCUUCUCCAGCUAUAAAGACCACUACAAACUGCGAGGUCCCAUCAUUGAAUUCAUGAUGGAGAAACUCGAGAAGUGUCAAAAAAGCAUAGCCUACAACAUUACCAACAUCUCAAAACGAGGGUCCUCAAAAAGGUCUGUGGCCCCACGAUCCUUGAACUUCGAUGUCCAGUCAAAGAAGAGGAAGAAACUGAUCCAUGUGGAUGUGCUACCCGUCUUCGAUGCUCUAGGGGAAGAAAAUUUACCCUCAAGUAAAGAGGAUUACUCAGAUCUGGAUCCAAGACUUACUAUACAGCAAAAGGUUUAUGAAAAAUUAAUAAAGAAUGGAGGGGGCCCUGGAGAGUUCACUCCAUCCUUCAGUGAACUGCAAAGAAAUUUUGUGAAACAUCAUCCAGCCAAGCUGAAGAGCCUUCUUCGGCUAGUGAAGCAUUGGCACCGAGAGUAUGUGAAAAACAAAUACCCAAGAAAGCAUUGCCCCCCCAAAUAUGCCCUGGAGCUGCUGACUAUCUAUGCCUGGGAGACAGGAACUGAAAAAGCAGAGGACUUCAGUCUAGCUGAAGGAUUUGUGACUGUGAUGAAGUUGCUGAAGGAUUACAAAAGUAUCUGUAUCUACUGGACCGACUAUUAUAAUUUCAAAAAUCAUGUAGUCGGACGCUUUGUGAAAAGGCAGCUGAAGCAAAUAUCACAAACCAAGAAGAAUAAAGGGCCAGUCAUCUUGGACCCGGCAGACCCCACCAACAAAGUAGGAUAUCAAUGCAGGUGGCAUAAGGUAGCCAUCGAGGCUUCUUACUGCCUUAGGCAGGCCUGCUCUCGAAUGAAAGAUGGAAUUUACAUCUCAAGCUGGAAUAUAAAGGAAGCAAGAAACAUAUGGGUGACUCUAACAUGUCCUGGUUUAUGGAAUUUGAAAUACUAUGUGAAUCCCUAUGACCCCAUCCAAGAGAUGAAAAAGGAGAUUGAAAGGGUUAAAAAGAUCCCCAUAAAUGAUCAGCGGCUCUCCUUCAAGGAACCCAGGAUAAAGCCCAAGGUAUUGAUAGGACACAGCACCCUGGCAAAAUAUGGUAUCUUCUACCAAAUACAAAUCCAAGUGCUAGACAUCAGUUGUGCCAAAUGCAAAAUCCAUGUGAAGUUUCCAGAUGACACCUACCAAACCUACCCCUUUGAAAAAAAAGACACUGUCCUGAUGGUGAAACAGCAGAUUGAAGAUCAGGAAAGGCUGCCUGUGACGGGGCAGCUCCUGAGAUUCCAAGAUCAACGCCUUAAGGCGGGAAAAAAGCUCAGAGGCUAUCGCAUUAAAGAUGGCGACACCCUGGAAUUAGAGUUGACAGGAGGCAAAAACAGAAGUUGGAAAAGAAAGGAGAUGUCGGUAAGAGCUUAGCAGUCAUGGGAACAUCCUCAGGUUCCCAUCACUAAAGUAAGCCCUGACUCCUCCCCCUCCUCCAACUCCUCCUCCUCCUCCUCUUCCUGCCCCACCCUCUCACUCUCCCUUUCAUAUCUGAAGUAGGACAUGCCAGACAGUGGAACCCCUGAGCGUUGGACUAGGAUAAUUCUUUAAAGGGGUGGGCAGACUGUGUGAUUGUUUUGUCACUCAAAAGUAUAAAAAAAAGCCCAGCUAAGUGAGCACUUGUGUCAGUAGCAACACCUGGGUUCUCAAUGCCCUCCAGGAAGUACCUGCCUAGCGGCUGUGAUGAUUCUGGAGAAGGGAAAGGGAAGAGUGUUCAAUUUUGACCUGGUAUCUUUUUAAAUUGAUUCUUUUCCUCUCUUCUUAAAUUGGGUUUUUAAUUGCACUUUGUACUUCACAAAUACUUUUUGUUGCAUCUUUAUCCUCAAGCCUGAAAUUCCUAAAAUGGCCUAACUUAGGCCUGGCCCAGCAUAAAGGGAAAGGAGCCAAGGAUGGUAGGUCUGGACUUUCCCUUUUGGGCUGCCCCUCUAGGAAGUCUCUUAAUGCUUUUUCUCUUGCUCUUUGUCAUCCUCUUCUACCCCAAUCCUAAAUAAGGAAGGGCUGCUUCUAGGGAGGGCCUGGAUGGACAUGCUGUUCUGUGUCUUCUCAGUGGUCCCAGCCUAUUGUUUGCUCUACAGAUCAAUGAAACCUGUCUCAUUUCGCACUUGUC